AUGGAGCGACUGGCGGCGGCGCUGGGCCGCAUGGCGUGGAGCUCCGGGCCGCCGCUGCCGCUCGACCUCAUCGUGGCCAAGUGCCGCCUUCCGGCGCUUGUGCGCCCCGGGCCCGGAGAGUACGUGGAAGGGGUUAGUGACCAGGACGUGCUCCUUAUCCACUCCUGCCGCCAGUGGACCACAGUGACAGCCCAUAGCCUGGAGGAGGGACACUACGUCAUUGGCCCCAAGAUUGACAUCCCUCUCCAGUAUCCAGGGAAAUUCAAGCUGCUCGACCAGGACAGGGAUGUCCGGGAGCCUGUGCAGUACUUCAACAGCGUGGAAGAGGUGGCCAGUAUAUUCCCGGACAGGGUCUUCGUCAUGGAGGCCAUCACCUUCAGCGUCAAGGUGGUGUCGGGGGAGUUCAGCGAGGACAGCGAGGUGUACAACUUUACACUGCACGCCGGGGACGAGCUGACGCUCAUGGGCCAAGCCGAGAUCCUGUGUGCGAAAGCCGCCAAGGAGAAGUCGCGCUUCAACACGUUGUUGCGGAAGCUGGGCAAGGCGGGCGUCGUUGGCAGCGGGAGUGGCGCUGGGGCCGGGGGCGGUGCCGGGGGCGGAGUCGGCGGGGGCAGCCGCCCGCUGAAGGGCAAGAUGCCCUGCCUGAUCUGCAUGAACCACCGCACCAACGAGAGCCUCAGUUUGCCCUUCCAGUGCAAGGGGCGCUUCAGCACCCGCUCGCCGCUGGAGCUGCAGAUGCAGGAGGGCGAGCACACCAUCCGCAGCAUCAUCGAGAAGGUGCGGCUGCCCGUCAACGUGACGGUGCCCACGCGGCCCCCACGCAACCCCUAUGACCUCCACGCCAUCCGCGAGGGCCACUGCUACAAGCUGGUUAGCAUCAUCUCCAAGACGGUGGUCCUCUGCUGCAUCCUGCGCAGGGAGGCCGUGGCCCCCUUCCACUUCCUCCUGCUGACGGACAUGCCCCGCUUCCUCCUCCCCGAGGGGGCGCUGUGGGGCGGAGGGGACGCCCGCCUGGAGAAGCUCCUCCGCGAGAGCGCCGCCCUCUGCCAGGAGUGCUUCGACCCCAACGAGUACUCCAAGGCGGUGCGCGAGGCCAAGGCGGACCUGGCGGAGGAGUGCGCCAGCCCCCGGCGCGUCCGCCUUUGCCUGCAGGGCUAUGCCCGCGACGAACUGGCGCACUCCUUCCAGCGCCUCUCGCUCUGCCUCUACAGCACCUCCGGGGGCGCCCGCCAGGACCCCGCCUCCGGGGGGAGGAGCCAGAGGACUCUCCUACCUUCCCGCCAGGAGCACCACGAGGCCCUCUUCCCCGACGGCCCGGACACUGAGCGGGAAUACACGACGCCCGACUGGACUGAGCCAGCCUUCCGGGCUCCAGAACUGCCCUACGAGGAGCUGUGGACCAACAACCAGAACCGCGGGAGCUACGCGGAGCCCAGCGGGAAGCCAGCCGGCCUGGAGAGCGCCAACCCGGCAGGCCAGAGAGACCUCAUCUCCUUCACCGGCCUCGCCUCGCCCCUGGGGUCCCCACCAUGCCAGCAGGGCCUGCUGGGGGAGGAGCCUGCGGGAGAUGCCCCGCCCCCCGUCCCGCCCAAGUCUGAUGCGGUGAGAGAGGAGUGCCGCCUUCUCGUUGCACCCCCAGUGCCACCCCGGGGUGGCCAUGUGCCAGCCGCUUCCAGCCCUCCGGUGCCUCUGCGUUUCCCGAAGCUCCAGGGAGCAGCUUCUUCUCCCAGCUCCAGCCUCUCCUACUAUUCGCCUGGACUGCAUGAAGGGUCGAGGCCGCAGAGUGGCAGCUGCUCCCCGUCUCCCGACUCCUACUCCCUGUACUGCUACCCCUGCACCUGGGGAGACUGCAAAGCAGGAGAUUCCUCCGGCCGCCCGCUGGCCAGCCCCCCGGCCCAGCCUCAAGCCCAGCCCGCCCAGGGGUCCUCAUGGUCAGAUCCGUGGCCCUACAGCGACCUGAGCGUGGCCACGGGGAGGCCCACCACCCCGCUGCUAGGGGGCAGUGACACCAGUGCCCUCAAGAGCUACUGCAGCUUCCCCCGCCUGAAGCCUCCCCAGGCGCCUCAGAAACGCUUUGCCCCCUUUGGGGCGCUCAACCCUUUCUCCAACCCGGCCUCCUCCGAGUGGCUGGAGCCCCUCGAGUGGCAGAAGACCUCUUCCCCCGAGACCUUUGACCCCUUCGAGGCCACCGCUUCCUCCUCCUCCUCUCCGGAGGGCGAGCCCCGCUACAGCCCCGUGCCCCCGCCACGCCCUGCCAAGCAGGCCUUUGAGCCCCCUGAGCACGUCGCCCUCCGGACGCCCCUGGGCCCCCUGCCGCCCUCUGUCACCCGUGGCGCGGAGUCGGGUGCUGCCCCCCGCCUCUACCUGGCCCCGGGGGUCAUCGAGGUGCCCCCCGCCCGGCUCAGCGGCGACGGCUCGCCCUGGCAGCCUCCGCCCGACCUGUCCGCCCUCUCUCUGGAAGAGGUCUCUCGCUGCCUGCGCUUCAUCGGGCUCUCGGAGGACGUGGUGAGCUUCUUUGCGCGCGAGCGCAUCGACGGCAGCAUCUUUGUGCAGCUGACCGAGGAGAUCCUGUCCGAGGACUUCCGCCUCACCAAGCUCCAGGUCAAGAAGAUCAUGCAGUUCAUCAAGGGAUGGCGCCCCAAGAUCUAG